UGUUCUGUUCUUUUCCUGUUCUUCAAAAAGCUUCCCUCACUGCCACUAAAGUCUACCCAUUUGCUAAUCUCUUCUACACAGUCCAAAAUCAAAGAAAAGUCUUCACUUUGACCAACAAUGGCUGAAAAAGAUGAUGGUUUGGGAUUGGGGUUGAGUUUGAGAUGGGGAGAAAAUGAUGAUAAUAACAUGAAUGAACAACACCCUUUCAUCAUGCACAAACCUCCUCAUCCUGUUCCAAACCAAAGGGCUUCUUCUUUCAAUAGUUUGUUCCAUUUCCAUGGUGCGUCUCAUGUGACCAAUCGAAGCUCUGAGCCACCACCGUUCUUCUUUGGAAUAGACGUGAACUUGCCACCACCACCAUCGGUGGCACCAUGCUACGAGGAGAACGGUGUGUCUUCGCCAAACAGUGCAGUUUCGAGCAUCAGCGGGAAGAGGAGCGAAAGAGAGGAGAAUGAGAGGGGGUCAUGUUCUCGAGGCGGAAGUGAAGAUGAUGACGGCGGAGGAUGCGGUGGUGAUGCCGAUGGCGACACAUCGAGGAAGAAGCUCAGGUUGUUGAAAGAACAGGCCUUGGUGCUUGAAGAAACAUUCAAGGAACACAACACUCUGAAUCCUAAACAAAAGCAAGCUUUGGCAAAGCAGUUGAAUCUGAAUCCUAGACAGGUUGAAGUGUGGUUUCAAAACAGAAGAGCAAGGACCAAGCUGAAGCAGACUGAAGUGGAUUGUGAAUACUUAAAGAGGUGCUAUGAGAAUCUAACGGAGGACAAUAGGAGGCUACAGAAGGAAGUACAAGAGCUAAGAGCAUUGAAGUUUUCCCCACAGCUCUACACGCACAUGAACCCUCCAACCACUCUUACAAUGUGCCCUUCCUGUGAGCGUGUUGCUGUCUCAUCUGCAUCCUCCUCAUCGGCCGCCAUGCCUUCUGUGCCGCCUCCAAGCAAUCACAACCCAUUAGGCCCUACCAUCCGGCGGCCGGUGCCUGUCAACCCUUGGGCGGCGAUGUCAAUUCAGCACCGUCCCCCACCAUAAUUUAUGACUCCUGGCUGUGGUGGUAGGGUAAAGAUCAGGAUUGAUGCUAAGACAUUUUUAGGUGGUAGACAGAAAUGAAUCAACAAAAUAGAUGUUAGAUGUUGGUUACUUGCUAGGUAUUGAGGUUGGGAAAUUCUAUUUGCUCCCUUAUUUUUUUGUUGCACUUUCCUUUCUUAUUUAUAUUCCAAAAAUUAAUUUCUAGAAUGCACAAUACUGUUCUAGAAAUUAGUUUUUGUAUUGUAUAAAUACAAUUUUGAAAAUACAUUCCAAAAACUAAUUUCCAGAAUGUAAAAAAAGGUGGGAAUUGUAAAGAGGAAAAAGGUAAGCAAAUGGAAUUAUCAUGGUUUUGGUUA